CACUAGCGGCUCGGCUCGCGUCGCGUCGCGUCUCCUUUCUUCUUCCUCGCGUCGCCUCACUCACCCAGAUCUCCGGCCGAGUAGAUCCUGCUCGGAGACUCCAGUCAUGGAGGAUUCUGCGCGGCCGACGCCCGCUGACUCCUCGGAGCUCCCCAACGGAGCGGCGGAGCCGGAGGCGGUGCCGCCGCCCGCCGCUGAGGCGCCUGCGCCGGCGGAGGUGGAGGUGGGAGUGGAAGACGGCCCUGAAAUUGCGGAUGAUUCGGAGGCGAAUGCGGGUCUCGGCGCCGAGGGUGAGGCCUCGCGGCCGUUCACCAUGCGGGAGCUGCUCGGGGAGCUCAAGGACGGCGGGGAGGCUGCGGGUGGGAGAUCCGCGCUCGCGGAGGGCAAUGGGAUUGGAUCUGCCGGUGCGGAGGGCGCCAGUCAGGACAGCCUACAGCUCUCAUCCCAUCAUGAUGUUGCUAUGGAGUUGAUAAAUAGUGUCACUGGAGUUGAUGAGGAAGGCCGUUCUCGCCAACGCAUUCUUUCGUUUGCUGCCAAAAGAUAUGUUAGUGCCAUCGAAAGAAAUCCAGAAGAUCCUGAUGCAUACUAUAAUUGGGCCCUAGUCCUCCAGGAAAGUGCAGAUAAUGUGGAUCCUGAUUCUAGUUCUUCAAAAGAUUCAUUACUCGAGGAGGCUUGCAAAAAGUAUGCUGAAGCCACACGACUCUGCCCAACACUAUAUGAUGCAUAUUACAACUGGGCUAUUGCUAUUGCUGAUCGGGCCAAAAUGCGUGGACGUACCAAAGAGGCUGAAGAACUAUGGAAGCAGGCUAUAAUGAACUAUGACAAGGCAGUCCAGUUAAACUGGAACAGCCCCCAGGCCCUCAACAACUGGGGUCUGGGCCUACAGGAACUGAGUGCAAUUGUUCCAGCUCGAGAUAAACAAACAAUCAUAAAAACCGCUAUAAGCAAGUUUCGAUCUGCAAUCCAGUUGCAAUUUGAUUUCCAUCGGGCUAUUUACAACCUUGGAACUGUUCUGUAUGGCUUAGCAGAGGAUACAAUGAGGACUGCGGGUCCAGAUGUCUCUCCUAAUGACCUAUACAGUCAGUCCGCCAUUUAUGUUGCAGCUGCUCAUGCAUUGAAGCCAAAUUAUUCAGUUUAUCGCAGUGCUCUACGUCUAGUUCGCUCAAUGCUACCUUUACCUUAUCUAAAAGCCGGAUAUCUAACUGCCCCUCCAGCAGACAAUACCAUUGCACCACAUAAACAUUGGGAAAGAUCACAGUUUAUCUUAAACCAUGAGGGACUCCAGCAGGCUAAUGUCUCUGAAAGCCCUUCUAGCAAAUCGCUUGGACAUAUGGGAAGAAGCAAAAAAUAUAUUAAAGUAGCUGUUACAGAUAUCGUUUCAGUAUCUGCGUGCUCCGAUCUAACACUGCCUCCUGGUGCUGGCCUUUGUAUAGAUACAAUUCACGGGCCUUUGUACUUGGUGGCUGAUACCUGGGAAUCUCUGGAUGGUUGGCUAGAUGCCAUACGCCUAGUGUACACCAUAUUUGCACGAGGAAAAAGCGAUGCCCUGGCAGGUAUCAUUACUGGUUGAUCUAUUGUUGUAUGUACGAGUGCGUCGAGCAACAGAUAUCAUGCAUUCCUGUCCAUUUUAACCACCCAUAUUCUUUUACUCUGCUUGAUUGUUCCGAGUGUUUUUAUCUUCCACACAUCUGUAGAGUACAAGUUGAUCUGUAGGCCCCUACCAAUCAUAGGCUACGUCGUCCGACACUCUUUUUGUAUCAUUAUAUGUGUAAAACCUCAUUAUAGAUGCACGACGAAGAUCGAAAUCCAUUCACUGUAUUUAAAGUUCAUCGAGUCUGAACCAAACCACGUGGGCAUCAAAUAUUCCUGUUCUUUACAUCAUUUCGGAGGACUGAUGCUGAAUUAUUUCUGUAAAAUGGUUCCUAACUAAGGCUAGAGUGGUUUGACAGAUCGGCACCGAAUCAUAACUUUUUUAAUGCCUAUUUGGUUUGGAGGAAUU